CCCAUUUUCUGCCGUCAUGGUGCUUAGUGGUUUCGUGCCUUGCCUGUUUCCCUCUCCCGCGGUUUAUAUUUUUUUAUUGUCUCUAUUUUUCUGAUUUAAUCUUCUUCGAUCACCUUCUGGGCCCUCUGGUCUUUCUCUUCGCCUGGCCCUCCACCCGAACUGCCACCACCACCACCACCACGCUAACCAGGCUGCCUGCCCUGUCUGUCGCACGCACAUCGCACAGAGAAGCUAGCUACUAGACCGUUGGCCGGGGACUUUUGUAGAAAUCGAGGCUACCGCGAAGCCCGACGAAAAGUGCCGCCCGAAGCGAGAGCAGUAACCCAGGGAAAAAAACAAAAAAGAAAGGGGUAAAAAGGAGAAAGGAAGCGACUAGCAAGUAAGAAAUACGCUUGACCCAGAGACGGACUUGCUUGCGGGGAGACGGAUCUUUUCACCGAGCCUCGUCUUUGCUAGCCCAAUUUGGAGGACUUUUGCCAGCACCAGAAGUGACAGCAGCAGCAGCCGCCCGCGCACCCGAGCUCCAAGCUCCAGCUUUAGCUUCAGUUCUAGCUCCCACCACGUUGCGACCGAUGCAAUCUCGCCUUGCCGCCGUCGAUUCGCGGGCCCGGUAGCCAAUUCAGCAUUUCAGCAUUCAGCGUUUAGCAUUCAGCAUUCAGCAUUCAGCAUUCAGCAUUCACAUUCAGCAUUCAGCAUUCGGCAUUCAACAUUCAGCAUUUCUGCAUUCUGCAUUCUGCAUUUCAGCAUUUCCCGUUGCACGCACACACCAAAGGCUAGCGACUCGCAUUUCCUGCUCCAAACCAAGUGGGCCUCGGACCUCGUCUCGCGUGCUGUUUUUACGUGCAUUUUUGGUCUUUUGCGCCUGGACUAGCCCAACGUCUCGUCUCGGCAGCAGCAGCAGCAGCAGCAGCAUCAAGAUCCAAAACGUGGCGGAAAGCCAGGCACAGCACCGACCUUGGCUCCCAGGCACCUUCCCUAGCAAAUCGAACAUCUGCAGACGCCGCCCCCCCGCCGUUUCACCCCGUUCGGAAAACGACCAGCAGCAAACAAGGACGCCUCCUCCCGUUCAUCUAGAUCAAAUUUGCUCCCGCACCAACCCGCCCGCCCUUCGCACGCUCGCGACCCAGGCACUGCCAGGCACUACCAGGGCGUCUGCGACUAGACUCCCCAUAGCGCAUGCUAGCGCCGUGCCCGCUGGGCUUGCCGUCCCGCCACCACACUGCCAGUCGUCUGAUCGGAUCUGCCUAAUCAAAUCGACAGACAACCCGACUUUCUUAUUCUCCUUGGUCUUGGCGCCCGCCCUGGACCCCUACACCCGGCCAGGCCCAGCUGCUGUGACGAGCCCUGACGAUUCCCGCUGCUUGGUCUGCAGAGAGAAGAAAAAAGGACAUCCCAAUCCCAGUCCUCUCCACGGUUUUUUUUUUUUUUAAUCAGCCCUGGCCAAGCACCGCACCGCUCCCUCAGUUGCAUUUUACCCACCCCUCGACGACACAUAACAACCAACAGCACCCGCACUUCCGUCACUGCCUGCUCCACAUCCCCAUCUGCUGCCCUGGUACAUAUCUGCGACCUCCCCCCCCCCUCCACACCCCGUCUCCCCUCGAUCUGCGCCUUCCGUUUGGCUCGGUCGUCUCGUCUGUUCCACCCUGCAGCUGCGCUCUCAUCACCUCGCAUCGACUCGCCUCGGCUUGACCCGGUCCACUGGCCCUCGAUCGAUCGUCUCGUCUCAACAUCGCCUUGAGGCCUGCCCUGAAGUCGCCGCUGUGGAUCGUGUGCCCUAGGAUUUCCCACCGCCUUGAGGACAUCGUCGCCGUCACCGAGGCUGUCGUCGACGAAUAGAAGCACCACCGACGACACUCCCAUCGCCGUCACUAAACCCUCGCUGGCGUCCUGCGUGCAUUCGACCCUGCUCUCUCGCUCUGGGGGGACGACGGAUGCGCUAGGAGCCAACGCCGAGGGUUGUGGGCGUUUGACGAACUGAGACGGUUAUGGAAGAGGACGACUCUGGUUCAAGGCACAGCGGUCCGAAUUCUGCUACCAGCACCAGAGGGCUUCCUGAUUACUACGACCAGCGCCCGCGAGACUCCCACGACCGGCCCUAUCGGCCGGCAUCGUCCGCCAUGGCCACGGCUGCUCUGAUCAGCCCAAGCACACCCUACCAUCCUCACCACUCACCCUACCCAGCAUCAGCACCGUCUUAUCCUCCUCACCCUUCAGUACCAGCCAUGAUUUCUCCAGUCGAGUCCAACCGUCGCCCCUCGGAUGACAGCGACGCCAACACCCACCGAACCUCUCUACCCUCCAUCAGGGACAUCAUGAACGUCAAGGGCCAAAACGGCUCCGGACCUCAGACCCUGCCCUCACCAUUCUCUAGCCAACCUAGCGGAGCUCCGCCUCCUCCACCGCGGUCCUACGCAGAGCCUCCCCCUACCCGUGAGAGGCCGCCUUCUCCUCCGAGGCCACUCCACCCCUCAUCGGCCUAUCCGCGCUCCGAGACGCUUCCCGCCUUUUCAGACGCAUCGCGACCACCACUCGGCCCGCCACAUGCUGGACCACCACAGCUCAGCAUCUACCCCGGCGCGCCGCCAGCACCUUUGGGCAAGCCCGACUCGGCGCACGAGAUCGAUCGCAGGUCACAACACCACCCCGGCGGAGGCCCCGAAGGAGGCCCGCCACCCCAUGUGAAUGGCCACUACUCCCACCAUGGGCCGCCGCCGCCGCCGCCACCACAUCCGUCACAGGGGCCGCCACCUCCGCCUCCGCAUCCUCACGCGCAGCAGAGCCACUCGCCAUACUCGAACGGCCCGCCAGUCCCGCUCCCGCCGGGCCAGCUGCCCCUGGGUCCAUACCCCAUGUCUCCACGCCACCAUGGCGGGCCGCCAUUGCACUCGCCGUACGCAUCCCAACGGCCACCGAUGGGGCCUGAAGAGGCCGAGUACGCCAGGCGCCGUGGCAAAUACGAGCAGCUGCCCGGACACCACUACGACGUUUGGAACUACUCGGAUGCGCUGGCCAAGAUCGGCAGCAGCUCGAGGCAGAUCCUGUCGUUUGCUGAGACGUAUGGGAAGAUCGCACAGGAGGAGCAGGGGCCUCCACCCCCGGGGAGGCUGCCAACCGAGCAGGAAAUUGCCGACAUGGUCAGCAACUGCGAGACAAUCCACUACAUGCUCGACAUGGUCCGAGGCUCCGUCAACCAUACCAUUAUGAACCAGCGCAUGCGCGAGGGGAGUCGAGCAAGGGGCUUUCCCGAGGAUGAGGAUGGCAGCAUGUUCCACGAUGGGAUGAAGCCGGGUUAUGGAGGCGGCGAGGUCAAGAAGCGUCGUGGGCGCGCUGCACCUCCAGGCCGAUGCCACAGCUGCAACCGUAUCGACACCCCCGAAUGGAGACGUGGCCCUGACGGCGCCAGGACGCUCUGCAAUGCUUGCGGACUUCACUAUGCGAAACUGGAGCGCAAGAGGCAGAUGGAGCAGCGAGGCGGCAACAAGAGCCGUGAUGAGCGCAACUAGACGCAGGGCCCUGGACCCGCCUACUUGUCGCCAGCCAUCAAGCCAUUGAAGCAGACCCACGGAAGGAGCUCUCUCCUCCGAGAGGCCAAGUCUUGGUUGAUCCACCGCCACAGCCUCUUGAGCAGCGCCAGUUGCUUCAUGACGCAACAAACACACAGUCGACUACACCACCUUCAACUUAAUCACGUUUCCAGCCGGAUUGUUUUCUUCUCUUCGCACUUCAUUUCAUCUUUGCUUCCCGCACAUGAUUUUGCGGGCUCAUGGUCUUGCCGUGAGCGAGGAGCAGCAAGAGCUUCUCGUUUCCCUCGUCACCCUAACGAAUAACCAAACAAUCUUGCAACUGCAUUCGAUGGCGCGGCCUUUCUUUUAAUUCAUGUGCGACGAAAACCUCGCAUGCUACGACGUCCCGAACCAAAGCGAUCAGCAUCCAGCCGACAGCGAGAAUAUAUCCACCACUCUUUCUUUUUACUAGUAUUAUCCUUUUGGUCCUCUUUUAUCUAAUACCCUUCAUUGAAUCCGGUUACAGGGCGGACCACUGGCGGCUGCGACUUGGUUCCCCCUGGCCCAUUCUUGCCCCCUCAUAACUUUAUGAGCGCUGCCUUGACACUGUCGUUAUUUGUCUUCCAUGUUUCCAAGACGUCUUUUUCUUCUUUCAUUUUUGUGCAACGUGGAAAUAUGAAAGAGUCUUGUAUAUACCCCUGGGGAAAUCACGGCUUCGGUUUACUCUCAGUUUAUAUAUUAGCAUUGCGCGGCGUUGUUUCUACACAUUCUAUUUUGCUUCUUCGUUUUUCGCUACUACCCUGUUCAACGCUCGCUCUCACGGAGCCAUCAUUUAUGCUACCUACAUUUUGAUCUGUG